AUGCUCUCAUUCUCCCGUUAUCCCACUUCGUCGCUCAAAUCGACCGCUGCACAACCUUCCUCCUCCAGCUUACCCCCCUUACUCCUCCCCGUGAGUCGCCACCUCUUAAUAGACGAUUGUACCAGCAACGAACCGCUGGGACACAGCGAAGACGACGACGACGAGUUCCUCCUCGGCUUCUCGUCGUCGUCCCAGGGUUCUGAGAAGGAGGACGUACUCGCCACAUCUACCUCAUUUCUCCACAACGAAACACAGCUACGGGAUGACAGUUUGGAAGAGGCCAGACUCGAGAGCGUCGGCUCGCUCUCUAAGUCUCCUUGUCAGGCAAACCAACCCACACUGUUGUCACUGGACCCUGCCAUUGGUGCCACCGGAGUGGACGAUGCCGCGCUCUUCGAGUUUCUCAAGAAGCGGCGGCAGGCAAAGCGCGACGUCGAACUGAGCCCUAUCCAAUCCGUAUCCGCAGUACACGAACCGCUACCGCCCGACAAGCCGGCGAGCACCGACCCACUCGACCUGUAUUUCAAGGCCAUGGACGAUGUGUCAGUGAUGGCCGCCGACGGUCCACGGACACUGAGGGGCAGUACUGGUGGCGACUCACGGAUUCUUCGAGAGCAUACUUUCCCUCAUGAGCCUCGCCCUGCAUCCAAACAACCGGUGCUGCUGUACAUGACACGUGUUCUCCUGGUAGCUUCUGUGCUCUACGACGCAAUUCUCAACAACAGCCGGGUCACCCUGCGCGACGUCUAUUACCGCGAUGUCUCACUCUUCAAGCAGCAACGGGUAGUCAACAGCGUGAGUCGGGUGCGCCUCAGUGUUGACAGCGAGAUCGUUGAUGACCUUAUCGCUACCGUUGGCCUCAAGCGUGACGACCUUCAUGUUUGUGCUGCCUCAAAGGGCCUCAUCGCGUCCAAAGCAGUCACGAUCAAGCUGACAACGGGAGAGGAGCUUUCACUUUCCUCCACCCUGCCCACCCUCAUCCCUCGGGCCGAAGCAAUCCAGAACUUGGAGGCGCCUGACGGGCUAGAAUGGAUCCUAGUCGUCGAAAAGGAUGCCGUGAUGCAGACCCUCUGCAGCUCUCGCCUACUCGACGACGUGCGCGUCGGACCAGGUGCUCUGGGAAAGGGCUUCCCAGAUUUGUCCACCCUCCAGCUGCUCCGGCGCUUGGCUGAUCAAUUCCCUUGCGCCCGAAUCGGCGCGCUUGUCGACGCUGAUCCACAUGGCAUCGGUAUUUUUGUUGCUAGGCACGGAGACCUUCUAGAGUUGAGUGUACGUGACGCACAGCUGGCGAAGAAGAUGUGCACCGACCUGGCAGACGUCAACCCUGUGUGGCGCCGGGAGCUCGUGCAUAUGCUGCACCUCAACCGGAAGGCUGAGAUCCAAGUCCUAUGCGGGCCAUCAUCGGGCGAUAUAUGGGCAGAGGCUGGAGCUGGCUGUCUAUCUCUGUACCGUACGUCGAAUCGACUAAUCGAGUACAUCGUCUCCAAGCUCUCACAGCCAAAGUAG